GCGGCAACAUAAUCCAUUAUUUAUAUUGGAACAAAGCAUGAUUAGUUGGAACAUGAAAACAGUUUGCUUGUUGUGGUACUUUUUGAAAAUGUAUAUUGGAAUAAAAUGAAAGUCUCCCGCAUUGCAGUGGUUUGUGGCCUAUAUAUAUGGUCAUCGUCUUGGAAUUUCGCAUUCCAGAUUUCCUGCAUCUGACAGACACGGAAGAGUCUAUCCGUUCCCUUUCUGACACACAGAAGAUGCUGAAAAUCAUUCCUUUAACUCUGGCGGUCUCUUUCCUCGCAUUGGGCCCGAGCAUGGGAGAAGCGGCAAGUUUUGCCACCAACCUGGAAAAGCGAGGAGACAUCCGUUUAUGCGGCAGUAUGCUGGUGGAGACGUUGAACGUGCUCUGCGGCGGACAGUAUUUCGAUCCCAACGAGGGUAACUCGGUACGCCUGAACAAAAGAAAGGAUUCCAGCAGUUGGAAUGAUUAUCGUAAACCUGGAGAAAAUUACCCAAGAUGGUUUGCUCUUCUGUUGUCUUCCUCCAGUUACAACAAGAUGUCAGGCUCCCAACUGUCCAACCGAUACCAACGAGGCGUUGUUGAUGAGUGCUGCCGCAAGUCUUGCACUCCCUCCGUGCUAUUGUCGUAUUGCCGACUCUGAGGCGGACGGCGCCAAAGAUCAAGAUGAGGCAAGGUGCGAGGAAAGGAAGUAUUUUUGUGUGUUAGAAUCGUCAGAUGAGUAACUGAAGUUGUGCCAUGAAAAUUGCAUUCUUUUGUUUUGUGUAUUACUGUCCACAAUUACAUGGUUUCAGUAAUGAAGUUUGAUUUAAGUUCGGUGAUUUGUUUUUACUUCACUUACUUUGGAGCAAUUUCAUUUUAGUAGAGGUAUCAAUUGCUGUUGCACAAAACACCCUACAGACGCUGCGAAUAUGUUUGUUCCUUGUAACUGUUGAUCGUCCGUACCAUGCUAAACUAACGAAUGUGAAAAAUUGCGAAUCGCGCUUUUUCAAGUUUGAUGGUUAGCUGUAGUACUCAAAAAAAAAAAAUUCCUACUGGUUACAACUAUUUUAAUCAAUAGUUUUACUCUUAAAGUUAUCUAUAAAAAUUAAAACAUUGAAAAUAAUUAAACGCUUCAAAAAAAAUAUUGCUUUGGCUCUCCUGAAAAGCGCCAAUUUUCACAUUCGUUAGUUUAGCAUGGUGCCGACGAUAUGAUCUCGAAGUUUGUUGCACUCUCAGCUUCAACGAGAUGAUAUCUGCCUCCAACUCGGGUAUCCCCUGUUCCCGACUGAUGAGUUCACAUUAAGGACGAAACUACAGUCUCUGGAAGGGAUAACGCUAUUUCUGUAUGUUACCGGCAAAGUAUGAAACGCCGAUAUUCUAUAGAAUGCUUAAGCAUUGUGUACAUUGCCGAACGUUUUUAGUCAAAAUAUGAAGCAUAAGAAUUGUUACAUUAUAACAAUCCCAGGGCAUUGCAUAUAAUACCUAGAUAUUCUACAGAAUGAAAUACUAUUCAAACAAAGUACGAUAAAAACGUCAGUAUCGCCACAUACGGGCGAGUAUAAGAACAUUUCAUACGCUAACAGCGAAGUUUGAAAUCCAGCGUUCUAUAUUAUGCCUAGGCAUUGUAUAUAAUUUCUAAGACUAGCUUAAACACAGCAAAAAAAAAAACACUUUUUUGUUCAGCAAAUUUAAGCAAAGUUUACCCUCCUGAAUAAACUACUAAGUACAACUGCGAAAUUCUGAACCUGACGCACACGUGUUAAAAGUCCCUUGUUUUGUCACGUGUUAUUCUAAACAAAUCGGAGAUACUUUGCGGAAAUACUUUUCUAAUGAGAUACGACCGUCCAAAUAUGCAAGAUAAGGAUAUAACAUAUUUUAAAUCUUUGUAGGAGGGUUUGUACAGCAGUUGAUACGUUUGCUUCCUCACAAUUGCAAUUAUAAUUGUUGCUAAAAAAAAUACACUCACUUCUAGUAUCUAUUUCGUUGUUUCAAUUUCCGAUUUUUUGCGGUUAGGUGGUUUAUUCAAAUCAUCACUGAAUUUGGUCAAAAUUAAACUUUUUCAUUAUUUGUAUUAACAAGUUGGUUAAAAAUUGCUAGAAUAAAGUAAUACAUUUUAAAUUAUAAAUUGUUACACAUUUAAAAGAAACUGGUCCAGUAAGAAGUAAAAUGCUUCGCCUUGUGUAGGACAUUUUCAACUAUGAAACAGAAUUAUUGAGCCCAAAAUUGCACACAAAAAUAUUGCACUUUUUGGAGUACAAAGAACUCUUUUUCUUUAUAGAAAAUGUUUUCGACCUGGCAUUUUUUUUUUUUUUUUUUGCAAUAAAAAGGUUUCUGGCAUACCGAAACACAUUAAAGCAAAAUUUUUUCAACUAGGGCUUGCACAACAUUGCUUUAUCCCUUAAAAUCUUACAGAUCCUCUAUCAACAAACAGGUUUAUCAAAAAUAUAAAAAUAGGAAAAUUGGAAAAAAAAGCCUUACUUUAAAAAAAAUUAUUAAUGUAAUUUUUUAUAUUGUGUUUCUCAGCAG